UUUUUCAACGGUGCAUCCACAGUCACACUUUAAGCGACAACAAUAAUAGAAAUAAAUUAAGUCAAUUGGCGAAUUAAACUAUAAAAGGCGCGGCGUGACAAAAGAAAUUUGAUGAGCAGCAGCAUGCGGGGAAUGCCGUGACGAAUGGCGGCAGUGCGUCCCAUGGAAGGUCACCAAGCAUCAGUGUUCCUGCAGAAAUGUACGCGAUGAUAGUGCAUGUGCAUUGCGACUAAUCCAAAGAGUCCCCUGUGUGGUCAUAACGCAUUUAAUAACCAACCCAACCCAGAAAGGCUCGAUUCACCAAUAUCCCUCCUCCUUCCCAACCAUGGACGAAGACAUCCUCAACGCAGUGGAGUCCCUGUUCGGCAAGGACGUGAAGAUCGUGGACUGCGAGACCUCGUCCUCGCUGCAGCAGGAAGAGGUGCUCCUGGUCAACGGAGUGCCCGUGAAACUGGAUGGCCUGCCGGCGGAUGAUGCUAGUGCCAUUAAGGCGGCCUUGCUAGAUGGCCAGAUGCCCUCGGUGGAGCAUUUGAACCAGCUGCUCUUUCGCGCCGGCUUAGCCCAGCAGCCCAUCGAGGUGGAGACCUCACUGACCGUUAAAUCAUCGCUGACCACCACGGAAGAGGUGCUGGUCUCGCGCAACGGACAGAUCCUUGACGAACGGACCGUGGAGACGAAGGAGAACUUCAACCACCAGUCGCACCAAAAGGAGAUCUGGCAUCCUGUCAAGCAACAGUCGGCCUUGGCUCGUGCCACGCCCGAGAAUGCCCUUAAAUAUUGCAACACUUCGAAUUCCACGUUCUCGGACGAUCGCCCGGCUGAUCCCUUGGGCCGCCAGCUGAACCAAACCUUCUCGAAUGCCUCCCUCAUGUCCAGCAGCUCGGCAAUCACCGGUUCCGAUCAGGUCAUCGGAUCCGUGUCAUCCACCACCAUUGGGGACAAGAGCUCGAAUAUAAGCAGCUGCGAUUCCGGGCACGAUGGCCUCUUCCACAGCGUGUCCAUGAGUGCGCCCUGGUCACAUCCUCGCGACACUCUGACAGACUCCUUGUACUGCGACAUUCCCAGCUCCGCCGACGAGGCGGAUGCGGUUUCCAUCCUCAACACCCACUUGCAGAUCACAGAGCCAACCGAUUGCCAACCACCGCCAGUUUACGCCAAAGACCUGCCCAAGGAGGGCAACCUGGAUUCGCUAGUCAGCCUGCUAAUCAAUGGCAACGAUGAGGAUCUGAAGUUUGCCCUUUUGAGCACUUCUCGUUUGUAUUCGCCCCCUCAUGAACUGCUCUCCAAGAUCAUUGCCAAGUGCCAGGGAAAGGAGGAUAAUCUGAUCCGACUGCUAAAUCACUGGUUGAACAUCUGUCCCGGCGACUUUAGCAACGACAUGCUGCUGCAAGAGCUGGAGAAGAAGCGUGAGCUUAAAGGAAUGCCUGCCUUUUUGGAUGGCAUUCCCCAAUCUCAGGCACAAAGAGCCGAGAAGGCAAGAAGCCAACUACAAUAUCUGCUGGUCAAGCAACCUUCCGCCAGCUCCUUGGGCCGUCAGAGCAGUAUUAAGUCACUAAAACGCUUUGCGGCCAAUGUCUACAAGACGGACAAUGUGCUAAGCAAUUGCGGCAAUGCCUUCGAGUUGGCCCACCAACUGUAUGCCAUUGAGUACGCUUAUUUGUCACAAAUAAGAAUCGAGGAGUUUGUGGAAAUACUGGACAAGGGCGAGCUGAAAUCCUGCAUGACCCAAACCAAGGCGGGCACCUUGGGCUCCAAUUGCAUCAGCCAGGUCACAAUCGACAGCUAUGUGCAGUGGUUUAACCAGCUAAGCUACUUGACUGCCACUGAAAUAUUGAAGCUUGGGAAAAAGUCUCAGAGGGCACAAAUGAUUGAUUUCUGGGUGGAGACUGCUCUGGAAUGUUUCAACACGGGCAACUUCAACAGCUUGAUGGCCAUUCUGACAGCUUUAAACCUGACUGCCAUAGCUCGCCUUAAGAAAACCUGGGCCAAAGUGCAGACAACAAAGUUCGAUGGCUUGGAGCACCAAAUGGACCCCAGUUCGAACUUUCUCAACUACCGCUCCACCAUGAAGGCAGCUGUUUGGCGUUCGGAAAGGGAAACGGCCAACAAAAUCGAGCGUGCCAUCAUACCAUUCUUCUCGCUGUUCCUCAAAGAUUUGCAUGCCAUCAACGAGAGCCACGAAACGAAAUUGGCCAACAGUAACCUGAACUUUGAGAAGUGCCUUUUAUUGGGCACCCAGCUGCGGAACUUUAGCAAAUGGCAACGACUGGACUGUCCCUAUGAACAAUUAGCAAAUGUGGUGUCCUAUCUGCUGAAGACGGAGGUGCUAUCCGAGGAUCUCUUGAUGAAAGCUUCCUACGAGUGCGAGCCACCCGAAAACGGCGAGGAGAAGGAUCACUACAAGACCCUGAAGGCUGCCAAGCAAAAAAACACGAACACAUAAUCACCAAUCAUUAACGACAAUCCUCCUCGGGGUAGUGCAACAUAUUAUGCAAAUAAUGCAAUAAGCCUCGUCGCACAGUUUCGUUGGCGUUCCAUGUUCACAUUUAGCAUUUGUAUCGCGAUAAAAACAGUAACAAUAAUAACUCUUACACUA